AUGAAAUUCCGACAAAGGAUGGGAUGGUUAUUUGUGGUCUUAUUCCUGGCCCUCAGCUGUUUUUUGUGGUACUUCAUCUUCGAGCUCAGUGACCAGUACAACACCCUUGCCCUGGACCACGUCCAGACGUACUCGGACACGCUCCGUCUCAACCCCAAUCAACUCACAUGGUACAUGUCCAUCACCAGACGCCUGGUGGCUCUUCCUUUCUGGUUCUGGGCCCUCAUAUUCGGGAUCCCAUACCUGCAAAUCUUCUGUAUCUUGAUAGCGUGUACCAGAAGCGACCCCCUGAGCGCAACUAUCAUGGUCGUUCCCGUCUUCCUGUGUAUGAAGUUAGCGAGUCUCGGAAGCAAGUCAGAGAGAACUGAGUAUUUGUCAGAUGAUGAUAUACCCCACUUGCAGACAACAUGA